CCCACUAAGAUCAUUCAACCGUGGAAAAUCUAUAGAAUUUGGAUAAAAAUAGUAUUUGUCGAACGUUUCCUCAAUUGCAUUGUUCAGUAUUGCAAUAUUAUAAUGUCAGGACACGUAUAAUAAACGUACAAGUAAGAAUGUUUGGUAAAUGCACGCUAGAUCAUCAACAUGGCGUUAACGACAUAUAGCAUGCUGCAAACAGUAAUCUUUCUCGCAAUGUGUUGGGGUACAGUUGCCGCUGAAGGUCCCAUUCGCUUGUAUGGGGAACUUCGGACAAAGAAGGGGUGGUCCAAGUCAACGUGGCAGGCGAAUGGAAGAACCUUUGUGACCAAGAGUGGGAUGCACUGGAUGCUUUGGUCACAUGCAGACAGCUGGGAUUUACCGACGGCUAUGCCAUGGUGUGGGAGGGUAGCAGGUCAUAUUAUGACAGCGGUACCGACUCUGUACCAACUAUGGAACCACCCGAGAACUUCCCUGUAGAGGGAAAUAAUGUUGCUUGCAAUGGAACUGAACAAUCCCUGUUAUCCUGUAGGUAUAAGAAAGAUCUAACUUAUUGCAGCACAUAUGCCGGUGUAGCUUGUGGUAUCACCACCACAAAAUUCCACGAAUUACUCAAUGAUUUCGACCAUUAUAUCUCGAGUGACGACUUCCUCAUCUCUCCAACCACGACUCCUGGCAAUACGAGUGGGCGAGUGCUGUUUCUUCAGGAAGGGAGAAGUUAUUAUCGAAAUCGGGAAAUACUUGUAGCGGGAGGCAUAUGUGACAUGGAUGAGCAAGCUGCUAACUUAAUAUGCAACAACCAAGGGUACAGCAAUGGAGGCAAGGCAAUCCAGGUACCAAUGAUAAAGAACUUUCCCAUGGUAUUUAGUGAACUGUCUUGCCAAACGGGAGGGAACUUUUACGAUUGCUUCGAGCAAUACACAACUGACGGUAUAUGUCCGAACGGCGUACUGGCCAACGGUGUCGAAUGUUACACAACAGUGAGGCCGUCCGUCAUCGGGGCCUUGGCCUUCGCUGGUGUAUCCUCCGUUUUCAUCAUCAUUGCUGGGGCGUUUGGUAUCCACUGGAUAAGGCGCAAUGCAAAAAUGCCAACGUCGACCACUAUGAGCCUCUCCGUGGGUGAUCAAGGCGAUGCUACAGCAAGUCAAUCCCUUCACCCAAGUGCCUGAAACCCGAGGCAUGCAAGGCGUCAUUUCAUUGCGUAAUUACGUUACGCCAUUACCUGCAUCAGUCGAGUCGCCUUGUUCAAUCGAUUUGGCAUGGCUUGCCAUAAAAUCACAUGACAACCAAAAAAGCCAUGCAAAGAUAGUUGUUGAAUAUACAUAUACUUAAUAUUGUGUUUAUUAAGCAUGAUGUGUAUACUUUUUUUUUAAAUCAUCACUUUUAUUUUAAACAUUUCGUGGUGUUUUGCUCUGGAAUAGCUUUCUCUUACUGAUGGUUCAAUGAAAUCUCGGGAACCAUUAGGAAUAAGUCGUUUUGUUAUUCAAAACAAAUCAAAGUACUUGAAAUUGCUAUAUACGUGCCCAAGUGUCUUUCUGCCUGGACAGAAAAGCUGUGUUUGUAUAUAUGAAGAGCUUUAUUCCAAAAGAAGCUAAAUUCACUUUUUAUGAAAAUUAAGUUUUUGAUAUCAGAACAUUGUUCACUUAAGUACCCAUCUUUCAACAAAAUUAUUUACCUAAAGUUAAUGUAUUUUGGGAGCAUGUAUACAUAGACUUGAAUUACUAUUACAUGUAUUUUCUGUGUUUGCUUUGAAUUUAUCAUGUCUCGAAUUAAUUAAUGUUUAACGUUUUCUGAACCUGCAUGCAUAUUUAUGUUUACAAAUAUUUUUUUUCUUCCUGUGUUUGUUAUGUAUUUAUCAUUAUAUCCUACCCCAUUGUUCCUACGAGGGCUAGAUAUCCCAUCCCAAAAUAAAAACAAAAACAAAUUUCUCACGGCAUUUUUUUUACUUUAAUGUUGUUGCACUAUAUAUAAUAUAUAGCUUAUCAGACCUCCUUACUCAUCACAACCAUCAUCGCCCUCAUCCUCAACAGAAAAAAGACAAUAAAUGUUUGUUACAUAUUCGGAUUGCAUUACCUUUUUGUACGCUUUUACAUGACGCGAAAACCUUCCAAGGUCCGAAAGUGUUCGAGCCCCCUAACCCUAAACUAAACAUAAUUAUAAAGUAUAUUAAACAAUUACUAGUUUCUUCAAAAGAAAAGUCAGUCCUUAAACUAUGAUGAUGGGCCUGCUUGGUCUACUUAAUGGCGUAGCCUGGAUGAAAUCAGUCGUGGCAGGGGUGGGGCAAGAUUUCCAACAAGGAUGAUAUUUAGGAUUAUAUGUGUGUUAUGUUCCAUUUCAAUUUUUCGUCACCACAGGAGCGUGGGAUGUCUCUAUAAAAUUAUCAAAUACAAAAAUGAACCUAUUAAAAAAAAAAAGACAAA